UACAUCAAAGACAACGAGACCGGUGCCUGCAUUUAUGACCGAUGCGGGUCAAUGCCUAACUACUGUCUAAACGGCGGUCGGUGUGUGAACAAGGCGCAGGAUGAAGAGGACGCUUUGGACACCACCACCAUGCCUAUCUGCAUCUGUCCGCCCACCCGCAUGGGUGCUCGAUGCGAGAUUUUCCGCUCACCUCCCCUUCCUACGCCUACCUCCACCAUCGCCACUACAACCACCACCAAUACCACUGCAAAUCCACCUGUAGCGGCUAACUCCAGUGCCAUCAAUCGCCCUUCUGACCAUGCUAUAAGUGAGACGCUGCGACGUCAACCGAAGAAUAAUGUAUCACUGGCACGACUGUCGAAAGACAAUGGCGUCAUCUUGCGGAGUUCUGGAGCCCUGGAACAGUCAAGUCCGGAGAGGGCAACUUCAUCCACUUCGCGUUAUCCAGCGAAAAAGGAGAAAGGUCUCGAUAUCAUUCCAAACUGCCAUUAUAAAUAG